CUCCCCUUGUUGUUCUUCUGUUUUAUUAUCAAGGAUUUUUAUUAUCAAAAUAUCAACCUCUCUUUUUAAUUAUUUCAUCACCAAGAUCGUAUAUUUCCUUCUAGAUUUCUCUAAGAUAUCAUGGCAACAGCAACUAUGGCCUAUGCAGCUGGUGCUGCUGCUCUAUUAUAUUAUACGUUAAAUAAGAAGAUACAAACGUCUCCUACUACAGCCGAAGAUGAUGAAGAAAGUGAUAGCCUUGUGCAAAGUCACGGUCCUGCAGGAGUUGAACGUGUUUCUCAUAGACUAAUUCAAGCUCCUGCUACAUGGUUGGAAACUAUUUCAACUUUGUCAGAGACAUUACGGUUUACGUAUUCGGAGACUUUGGGGAAGUGGCCUAUUGGAGAUUUGGCUUUUGGGAUCAGUUAUUUGUUAAAAAGACAGGGGCAUUUGCAUGUUAGUAGUGUAUUUGGUGGUGAAGAGAGCCUGCAGCUUACAGGACCUGAAAUAGUUUUCGAGCUUAGAUAUCUGUUGGACUUGUUGACUCUUUGCUGGCAUUUUUCAAAAAAAACAUUUCCUGUGUUUUUAGAGGAGACAGGCUUCUUACCAGAACACGUUCUUAUUCAGGAACCCAAAGCUGGAAUUUUAAAGCCAGCUUUUACAAUCUUAGUCAACCACAAAACAAAAACCUUUCUUCUAUUGAUUCGUGGAACUCACAGCAUCAAGGAUACUCUAACAGCUGCUACUGGAGCAGUAGUACCAUUUCAUCAUACAGUCGUCCAUGAGGGAGGUGUUAGUGAUGUAAUUUUAGGCUAUGCUCACUGUGGAAUGGUUGCAGCUGCUCGAUGGAUUGCAAAGCUUGCAACACCUCUUCUACUUAAAGCAUUUGAAGAGCAUCCUGAUUAUAAACUUCAGAUUGUUGGACACUCUUUGGGUGGUGGAACUGCUGCCAUUCUAACUUAUAUGUUGCGGGAGCAGAAAGAACUAUCUACAACCACUUGUGUUACUUUCGCUCCAGGUGCUUGUAUGACGUGGGAGUUGGCAGACUCGGGUAAUGAGUUUAUUACAUCUGUUAUAAAUGGAGCUGAUCUGGUCCCUACGUUUUCAGCUGCUUCAGUGGACGAUUUACGUGCAGAGGUUACAGCAUCGGCUUGGCUAAAUGAUCUCAGGACUCAGAUUGAGCACACCAGAAUCCUUAGAACUGUAUAUCGAUCUGCAUCCGCACUGGGUUCUCGACUUCCAUCAAUUGCAAGUGCUAAAGCAAAGGUUGCUGGAGCUGGUCAAAUUCUUCGUCCUGUUUCCAGUGGUACACAGGUUGUGAUGAGGAGAGCUCAAAGCAUGGCUCAAGCUGCGUGGUCACGCCCUUCUAUAGAUAUAUCAUCGUGGGCAUGCAUGGGGCCCCGACGCCGAACUGUUGUUGCAAGUGCCAAUUCUACACAACCAUCUUCUUCUAACUCGGAAAACCAAAGCAUUUCGACAGCUCUUGAACUCCCUGUAGAUUCAUCAGACGAAGCAAGUGUAUGGCAUUCUAAUGAUGAAGAGGUUGAUGCUGACGUGCCAAGUACUCAUGAAGAUAGAAUGACCGAAUACGAAUUAUGGGAAAAACUAGAACGGAAGCUAUAUGACCAAAGUGAAGGCGACGAGGCUGAUGUGGCAAAGGAAAUGAGGGAAGAAGAGGAGGCUGCUAUUGCAGAGGGUCGUAAGAGCCCGUUGGAAAACAAUGAACCUGAAAAAUCGAAAGAGGCACAUAGAUUUUUUCCAGCAGGCAAGAUUAUGCAUAUAGUUACAAUCCCACAAGUUGUAGUAGAGAGUGAAACCGAUGAUGAGACAUCUUCAAGUGAUACAGAUAACGACCAGGAUCAGGUGGUAGAAGACCAAGUAGCAUUGUUUCUAACCCCACGAUCGUUGUACAGUAAAAUUAGAUUAUCACACAGUAUGAUAGCCGAUCACUUUAUGCCUGUUUAUAGACGCCAGAUUGAAAAAUUGAUUCAUGAACUAGGGAAAGAAGAGACAUCAUUACAAAGUCCUAGUACCCCUAAAAAAGUCGACCUAGUGUUGUAGCAUGCAUAAUUGUGGUCAAACUGUUGGGAGUCUUGUUGUACAUAGACAUUGAGACAUACCAACUCAUAAUGUUUUCACAUCUGCAGACAGUGACAGAUGUGUCCUGUUUGUUGUGUUUAUAGUGGAACCAAAGUUUUGUUUCUUGAUCCA